CCAGUUUUUACGAAGUAAUUUCGCAUGUGUUUCUUGGCUUUCAUUUUAGACCUCAGGAACUCCCGUGAGUGAAUCGAAUUCAUGCUUGAAUGAAGGCUUAACAAUGCGACGAGGUUUAGUUGGACGUUUGUUUCUUCUUCUUCGGCCAAUUCGUUCUCAGUUCAGUUACUGGAUUAUAAAUCCAAAGCCUUUCUGCCCAUUAACAAACUGCAACAAAUCAUUUCGUGUUCCUGGCCUGUUUAUUCUUAUUGUUUUUGGGAUACCAAUUUCGUUGUCGCUCGAUUAUUUAAUUUUGCCCCUUUCUCUCUUAAUUUCUGUUUUAUUAUUGUUACUUGCUUUAUGGUUUUGUUUUCAGUACCUAGAACAGACAAUAGUUUAUGCUUGUGAUGAACCACCGUCUUCGAAAUUUUUAUACAUGAAUCCAUCAUCUUUUGGAUUUUCUACAUGGGAAUUGGUAAAAUUAUGUCCUAAUGGCAACACUGGGCCAACAAUUAUUGGUUUCCUUCUUCUUCAGCCUGAUUUAUGUCGCAGAAAGUCUUGUCCAGUUGUGCUCCUUUUGCAUGGAAAUGCAGGAAACUCUACUACCCGGCUACCAAUGUGCCAAGUUUUAGAAAACCGUUUUCAAUGUAAUAUUUUUAUUAUAGACUAUCGAGGUUAUGGUCAGAGUACCGGAAAGCCAAGUGAAGAGGGUUUAUAUGCAGAUUGUACGUGUGCUCUUAAUUAUUUAUACAUGAGAAGUGAUCUGAACAAUGAAAAAAUAUUUGUACUUGGUCGAUCAUUGGGAGGAGCGUUAGGUAUUUAUUUGGCAGUGGAUCCUAUAUCAAGUGAGAAAAUAUGUGGUGUUAUUAUUGAAAAUACGUUUACAUCUAUCACUGAUGCUGCAAGUCAUAUCCUCAAUAUACCCUGUAAAUUGCCCUCUUGGUUGUUCUCAAAUCAAUAUACCUCCUUGGCUAGACUUCAAAGUUGUAGCAAAUCUAGAAAGAAAUCCUCAUCUUUCCCACCUCUUUUGCUUAUCUCAGGUGAGUUGGAUAAUAUUAUUCCACCAAAAAUGAUGUGGAAACUUGCUGAAGCUUAUGAAAAUAUAGUGACAAAACAGCAUAUUCGAAAUGAGUGUAGUUCGAGCGUAAUGUACGACGACUCUCCAAAGCCCAACUCGCUUUCCCAAAACCCAGUUACCUUCAUUAAUUCUGGAAGAGAUGGUCUUGUGAGUUUUCCGGAUGGUCAUCAUAAUGAUACUUGGCUUUGUAACAAGUGGUCGGACGUUAUUUUACGUUUUGUCGAGCAAUCCAGCGUACGUAUCAGAAAUACUGCCAACGAAAUUGAUCUCAAUGUAUCUGUUUGAUCACUUUACCCUUUAUUUUUUCCCCGUAAAUUUUUAUACAUUGUGCAUUAAUUAUUUUGAACAGUUUUUAUAGCUUGAUUUCGUGCAAACGUUUAUAGUUCAACUAUCCUUUCUCUAGAUUAUGAAGCAUAAAUAUCAGGUUGAAUAACGCUUUCAUUUUCCACUCUUUUAGACCCGAGUGUGUUACGGUCACAGUUAGUGUUCACAGGCUUAACUAAUUUCAGUAGUUAAUUGUUGACAUAGGAAUUCUGUAAAGCGUUUCUCUUCUAUCCCGUGCUUAGUAUCACGGUGUACUCUUCCAAUUUAAGUGUAUGUAUUACUUAAGAUACUUCUACUCAUUGCAUGUUGUAAGUUUGAAGUAAAUCAUGUUUGCGUGGGAUUUUUAUGUUUCCAGAGCUAUAAAUGAAUACUCACCUUGGG